CUCGGUUAAAAUGUCAGCCCCCAUAAUUUGAUAACGUUCGACAGAAAAUCCCCUGAAUUUUCGUAAAUUACUCAUCAAAAGAACCCCUCUUCAAAAUAUCAACCUUGUAAUCUGUUAGACGAGUUGAUCAUGUCUAAACGUGUUGCAGGGAAUCAGUUGACCCAUGAUAAUUGGGAUGAUGAAGAAGAGGCUGAAGAGGCUGGUGUGUUUAAAAGGGCAUCGGUAGAUACCAUGAAACAACGCAAGAUUAAAACUGCCAAGCGCCGAGGUGUUUCAUUCCAGUCUGAAGGUGAAGGCGGUGGUGCUUUCAGCGGUUUCAAGGGAUUCAGUGGAUUCGGAACCAACAAUGGUGGCUCGUCGGGCCUUUCUGGUUUCAGUGCCUUAAAAUCCAAGCCGACUUCCUCGGUGUCAAACGGGACCACUACAGCCGCAGCCUCCUCAACAUCUAAGAUCCCAGAUUUCAAAUUUGAGCCAAAUAAACCACCAACAACAGACACAACCAAACAGACAGACUCUUCAAACACCAACUCUGAUAAGUCGAAAUAUUUCACUCAGUUGAAAGGUUUGAAUGAAAAUGUGGCAGCGUGGAUUAAAAAACAUGUUGACUCGAAUCCGUAUUGUAUUCUUACGCCAAUAUUCAAAGACUAUGAAAAGCAUUUAGCGGGAAUUGAAAAGUUGAAUAGAGACGUGUCAACGCCUGUUACAGCACCUAAAGUGGAGCAGAAAUUAGCAGAUUCUGAUGUCACAUCGUCAGGUGGAUUCAAGUCAGCGAGUAUAAGUUCAUCAACAACCGAGGGUGUGCCAGUCUUUAAGUUUGCUGUGACGUCCUCUGAUAAAGAAGCAAAAGAGAUUGCUGCUACAUCAAGUUCAGAUCAUACGAAAAAGGAACCAGAGAGUAGUACGUCUGGAUUCACAUUUGCUGCUUCCAGCACAACAUUCUCUAAGUCUAGUUCCUCGUCCACAUCAUCGGGCUUCCAGUUUGGUACAUCAUCCACAUCUGGUGGCUUGAAGCCGUUCUCCUUUGCGAUGGGUUCCACGUCAGCUGCCAGCAAUAAUGCCCCUUCGUCUCAAGGGGCUUCAGGAGAUGAUGAUGAGUACGUCCCGCCAAAGCCAGAAGUGAAGGAGAUCAAAGAGGAUGCCAUUUACUCAAAAAGGUGCAAGUUAUUUUUCCAAAAGGAAACGGCAGAUGGUGUAAAGGAAUGGGUGGAGAAGGGCAUUGGGAAUUUGCAUUUGAAGGAAACAGAAGGUGGCAAGACACAGCUAUUGAUCAGAGCGGACACAAAUCUGGGUAACGUCCUGCUGAACAUUCUGCUGUCUGACUCGAUCCCGCUGAGCCGUCAAGGAAAGAAUAACGUCAACAUGAUGUGUAUACCGUCGCCACCUGUCGACCCAAAGACAGACACCUCCAAACCGAUCAUGAUGUUGAUACGGGUGAAAACUUCUGAUGAUGCUGAUGAGUUGUACGAGAAAAUGACAGAACUCAAAAAAGGGAAGUGAAAGGACAAUAAGUUUAUUUUGAUGUCUUUAUCAUCAUACGUGUUACUGCCAUGUAUGGCAUGAGCUGUAAGUGGACAGGUUGUUGGCUGAUAUGGAUUACCUGGGUCUCUGGCUUUACAAUGAAAGGAUUAUGGUAGCGCAUUCUGAACUUAUUCAAGUUGGCUAAGAUAUAUUCUGUGCAGCAGGUGAAGAAAUGAUCAAUUGAUAAUGUGUAUAAAAGAAUGAUGGUACAGUACUUUAUACCUCUUGUUGCAACUGUCUUGAUAUGACAUGUAUAUAAACGUCACAAGUGAACCUUCAUAUAGAGCUUCACAUUCUAUAAAAUUCAUGAUUUAAAGACGGAGAAAUAGAAAAGGUGGUAUCAAUUUCCCAGUUGUUUCCAUGAAACAAGUUGUCUAUUGAGAGGGAGUUGGCAUUGCCACAAAGACAAUUACUCUAAACAAGUGGUGUUUUUUUGUAGAGUCCUUAGGCAUAAAUCUUAACAAGAUUU